AUGUCCCUUCCAGUACGUCUGCUGGGCCCAUUGGAGGUGGCAACAUCUAGGAUCUCCAGUUCCCUGUACGUCUGCUCGACUUGCAGACGACAAUGCCUACAUCAGUCUCUCCGAAUGGUCAACCAUAACUCCCUAUCGCGCCGACCCAUCUCGUCCACCAGCAGCUAUAACAGCGAUAACAACGGCGACCUAUCCGUCACUGAGAAGCUGCGCAGGAAAAUAUGGGGAACUGACAAGCCUCCAGGGCUCAAUGAUCCAUAUGGGAGUGAAAGCCAGCUUAAUAUUGGGAACAGUGAGACGGAGGUGUACGAGGAGGACACGGUCCAUGAAUCUGAAAUGGAGGGUGAGCAGGGAGCCCAUGUUGCUACUAACGAAGAGAUAGAGCUCGCGAAUUAUAAGCGUGCGGCUACUUGGGAUGGCUUAAAAUUUGUUGGUGUGGAGAAGUGGUGGGAACGUCCUCCUAAAGCUGAGGAUUGUUUUUAUCCAUUUAUGGCUAUUGAGAAAACCUCGUCCCGCGACCGGUUCCACCAGCUCCUCCACCAGACCAUGGUUGAAUUGCUUGUCUUGGAAGACAUGAAUAAGCCACUUACAGAUGUAUGCAACAUCAUUGGCCAUGAGGAUUACAUUCGCAGCAUUAUCAGCCAGGUGGAAGUGAGACCGUCCAACGAUUUCUUGACAGGAACUCUGACAUUCCCCAGCGAGGAGGCGAAAAAAGUUGUCUACGACUUGUUUUCCAAACUCUAUCAAGAAUUGGAGGACAACACCGGAGAAGAGGUAGAAAAGAUCACCUACAAGGCAGAGGAGUCUGCCCAACUCGGAGAAAUUAGAGCCAGAAAAACAGACGAAACACAACUUGAAGAGGAUGGAGAAAGCCACUUGGACCCGGAGACAACGGUUCACCCACCAAAGAAUCUGGAUUUCCUUACCAUGUCACUUGCAGACCCUGAAUUUAAAUUUGCCUACCUUAAACGCGCCUCCCAAUUGACUGGCUACCGCAUCCCAGACCCAGAAAUAGCCCAAAUCACCAAACCAGUGCAAUUGGUGAAUUUCCUGAUUACUGUGUCAAACCCGAAGCCGAAGAAGCUGGCCGAGCAGCUCCUCAUAGAUAAGCGUCUUACUAGCUUACCAAAUGUUAAGAUCAUGGGCAGGAGAUACACGCCAAUCGACAAAGAGAAAGAGAUUGGACGAUGGAAGGUUAUCGAGAAGGAGCUGAUACGGAGGGGUUUGCCGGUUACUGGCCGGCUAAAGACGUGA